CUCAUUGUGUCUGUGUCGAGGCGUCAAGAGGGCCUAGUUCCGUGCGCGGCGCCCUUCGGCCGGCCUGAGCCCCAGAGUCAGCUCCCCUUGCUCGCCCAGCGCCCCUAGGCCGCUCCCGGGGCUCACGGUGAGAGGAAUAGUACAGAAACAGAUAUCAGAAAACAUUUCCCAGGACAGAAAGGAGAGCACAGACCCUGUUUGGAUCAAGUCAGGUCCCUGAGCCUGAAUGAUGACUGCUGAGUCAAGGGAAGCCACCGGUCUGUCCCCCCACGCUGCCCAGGAGAAGGACGGCAUUGUGAUAGUGAAGGUCGAAGAGGAGGAUGAGGAAGAGCACGUGUGGGGGCAGGACGCCAGUCUGCAGGAGUCUCCUCCUCCUGACCCGGAGAUCUUCCGCCAGCGGUUCAGGCACUUCUGUUACCAGAACACUUUUGGGCCUCGAGAGGCCCUGAGUCGACUGAAGGAACUUUGUCACCAGUGGCUGCGACCAGAGAUAAACACCAAGGAGCAGAUCCUGGAGCUGCUGGUGCUGGAGCAGUUCCUUUCCAUUCUGCCCAAGGAGCUCCAAGUCUGGCUGCAGGAAUACCGUCCCGAUAGUGGAGAGGAGGCUGUGACCCUUCUGGAAGAUCUGGAGCUGGAUUUAUCAGGACAGCAGGUCCCAGGUCAAGUUCAUGGACCUGAGAUGCUCGCAAGGGGGAUGGUGCCUCUGGAUCCAGUACAGGAGUCCUCGAGCUUUGACCUUCCUCAUGAGGCCACCCAGUCCCAUUUCAAGCAUUCAUCUCGGAAACCCCGCCUCUUACAACCACGGGCUCUCCCUGCCACCCACGUUCCUGCCCCUCAUCACGAGGGGGGUCCCAGAGACCAGGCGAUGGCAUCUGCACUGUUCUCGGCAGAUUCCCAGGCAAUGGUGAAGAUCGAGGACAUGGCCGUGUCCCUCAUCCUGGAGGAAUGGGGAUGUCAGAACCUGGCUCGGAGGAAUCUGAAUAGGGACACCAGGCAGGAGAAUUAUGGGAACGUGAUUUCCCAGGGCUGUGAAAACAGGAAUGAGAAUGAGGAGUCCACCUCAAAGGCUGAAAUUGCAGAAGACUCAGCAUCACAUGGGGAGACCACAGGAAAAUUCCAGAAAGAUUUUGGAGAAAAACGUGACCAGCAGGGCAGAGUAGUAGAAAGGCAGCAGAGAAACCCUGAGGAGAAAACUGGAAAAGAAAAGAGAGAUCCAGGGCCAGCUACAGUCAAGGAAAAAAAAAACCCCAGCACAGGAGAGCGAGGUCCAAGGGAAAAGGGUAAAGGACUGGGGAGAAGUUUCAGUCUGAGCUCAAACUUCAACACCCCUGAAGAAGUUCCGACAGGAGCGAAGUCCCACAGAUGUGAUGAAUGUGGUAAAUGCUUCACAAGGAGUUCAAGCCUUAUUCGCCAUAAAAUAAUCCACACUGGAGAAAAGCCCUAUGAAUGUAGUGAGUGUGGGAAAGCCUUCAGUCUUAACUCAAACCUUGUCCUGCAUCAGCGAAUCCACACAGGAGAGAAGCCUCAUGAAUGUAACGAGUGUGGCAAAGCCUUCAGUCACAGUUCAAAUCUCAUUCUGCAUCAGCGGAUCCACUCUGGGGAGAAACCCUACGAAUGUAACGAGUGUGGGAAGGCCUUCAGCCAGAGCUCAGACCUCACUAAGCAUCAGAGAAUCCACACGGGGGAAAAGCCCUAUGAAUGUAGUGAAUGUGGAAAAGCUUUCAACCGAAACUCAUACCUUAUUUUGCAUCGGAGAAUUCACACCCGAGAAAAGCCCUAUAAGUGCACGAAGUGCGGCAAGGCCUUCACCCGGAGCUCGACCCUCACUCUGCAUCACAGAAUCCACACCAGAGAGCGAGCCUCUGAGUACAGCCCUGCCUCCCUCGAUGCUUUCGGAGCAUUCCUGAAAAGCUGUGUGUAAAGCGAGAAUUUGUCAAUAAGCCAUUUCCCCUUUUCGUUUCUAAAAUUAUUUCAGAGAUGUGUGCCCAUGGAGGGGGGAAAAAAAGCCUCAACAGGUUAAAAAAAAAAUCACACUUAUGGAUCCUUACAGGUACAUCAGCAGUGUUCUGCCUUUGCCUAGUCUGUGGGCAUGUAAUUCUUCCACAGCUCCUGCAGGAAAAUGCUAGUCAUAGGGAUGGAUAAUCCACACGCUAUUUCCACACAGGAUAGAAGCACACACACAGGAAAAUGUCAAGCUUUUCAGUAAUGAGGAGACCUUUAAGGCGCUCUUGAACUCUCUGCAACCACAGUACAUAAUUGAAAGACUAAGAUCGGCUCUGUGAAAAUGACACUGAGGUUCAAAACCUGCUUGCCGCAAACACGCCCUACUUGGCCAACGUCUUGCUGAACCUUAUUUCUCAAAAAAGAGGGACAGUUUGAACAAAAACUACAUCGGCACAUGCUGCUCAAAACUAGUUGUAUAUAUACGGUAAGUUCUGUACAGUCGCUGGUAGCCUACCAAAGCUAUAGAAAUCUAGGACUGCGCUGUCAGUAUCAAACCAAAGAUUUCUAUCUCUUCCUGAAAGAGAGGGCACGCGCACCAGUCUACAGUUCCAAAGGACGGCUGCAGAUGUAGAUGGUUCCCUCCUCAUGACUGAGAUAAAUCUUACUGAAAUGGCAACCGUGAUUCAAAACACUUCUCUCCCUUCGCGAAAUCCCCGAAUUCCCUAAAGCACUAUCGCACUCCUAACUGCGUUUCUCCACAGGUUAGCACUUGAUUGCAUACUGUCUUUGAAUCUUUUGUUGUUCCGUGUGUGAAAGUUUUCAUCACUCCCCAAAAGAGAUGCUUCUCUCGUCGGGGGAUGUAUUUAUAUCCCCGACAGCCCUGGACACAGGGCUGACCACAUGAGAAGUGCUCAUUAGGCCUGACUUCUAGCAGGAUUUGUACAUUCGUGACAAGGCCUGUGAGUCACGAGGACCUGAAAUACGGUAGCGUGGCCCAGCUUGUGAGCCCGAGGCGUGGCUAAAGCUCUAGGGUCGCAUGCUAUUUUUGUCCUAAAUGUAAACGAAGGGUGCUGGUCAGCCGCCAGCAUGGACUAUCUAGACAUGGAUCAGAGAGUAAAUACCAUGAAAUGUCAAACGACUUUGUCGUCAUCCAUCAUCUUAACAAUGUGAACACUUACGAAGGCAAAGAUGGCAAAGACCUUAACCAGAACUUCUUCAGUCAGCUGCUGAACAACCUGAUGAUUUGGGCACUUUCUGAAUCAUUUGUAACUUUAAAGUUCAAAAGAUGUGAUUUCUGUUGCUUUUCAGAAAAAGGAACAUUGGAGGGAGCACUUUUUUUCCCACACCUUCCAGAAACUUCUAAAAGACAUUUGAGAUCAUUAGCUGGCAAUUACUAAAUGUCUGUUGCUCUGAGAAGCUCACCAACGUGCUAAGAUGUGGCUGGUCGUAUUGUAGUCAUACCGCGCAAUGUCUUUUCUGUUUCUCAUCACUAGAGACUGAGGUGAGGUUAUGAAACUUUGACCUUUCCCAUCAUCUAUGCAGAAGGAUGCAUUAGCUUCUGCGUGGAAGCCAGCGACAGACCAUUUUCAGAUGCGCACACAAGAGACCCAAGCAGCGUGGGUCACAUAGGAAGUCAUCAGGGCCUUGGGUAGAGGUAACUGCUCGUGAGAGCGUGCAAAUGAUUGUAGACAGCCCUGCAGGGACUUAGAAACAGACUAAGAACACACCUGAAGACUAGCCCCAUAAUGGGAGACCCCUCACAUAGAGUUUGAGAUUUUCCGUCAAGAACUAAAACUGUCACUCGUCACUGGUUUGCUAGCCAGCAACCCAAGCCUGUGAGACAGUGUCACUUCACGGGGAACCAUGGAAGUGGGGGCAGCUGUGGCCUCAGCUCCGGGCCAAACAGCACUUUUUCUCUGGCCUCUCUCUAUAACUUGGAGCAACUUCCAGCUUCCCAGUAGCUCCUAAGCAGUUGCAUCAGUGUUGCCUGGGGGAACUUUAAGGAAGUCAGCUGGUGACCAGAGUAUUCUAUCCAUCCAAUUUAAGAAAAACAGGAGAGAUACUCCAGAAGAGCACAUCUAAAUAACUUUUUAUAGUAAGGGAAGGUAGAAGAAAUGCUUUUAGGAAUUUUCUUCAAAGAGUGAGACAUAGUGGUUGUCGCAUAGAAAACUGCUGAUGCUUUUGAGCAAAGACUUUUGCUGCCAGGAAGCAACUGAAAGCAGUGAGGUGCUUAACUCCAGACACCGAUCGAAGCACCGACUGUUGUGAAGAGGGAAAGAACACUGGUCAAGUCCACCCACAUUGGCUUUUUUAUGCGGACAUGAUUCAGCCAUCAUUUCUUUUUAAUGGAAGUUAACUAUAACCUGUGCCCCACAUUUAAUUCCCAUUUCCUGGGACAUCGUACUGACUGUGGGAUGGCCAUGGGCGUUGCUCCAGAUCUUCAGCAGAUGGACUCCUUGAAGCAGCUAUUUGAAGACAAGUUUUCUGAAGAAAACCGGCUACCACUGUUUAUUAAAACCAUCUGCAUUGCAUUCAUUUAUCAGCUCUUCAGCGCAAAGUGUAAUAGAGUCAUGGCCCAAAAGGCUUACGACGUCUAAAUUAGUGCUCAGGAUAGUCAUUUGAAAGUUCUCGACUGGCUGAAGUAUGUUAACAGUUUAAGUACGCUAGUUGACUGUUAGCAUGCUAGUUGACCCAGUGGAAGCUUUUGAGGGGUUUUUAAAAAUGUAACUUAACCUUGCCAGGAAGAGAAGUAAAAGUCUUAAAGUUGUGGGGCAUUUGUUUCUACUUCAUCCUGGCAGGCAAGGCUAAAGCCUAAGACUACAGACGUAUGAGGCAUCUUGAUAUGGAAGGCACUUAGUAUUUUAUUAAAGGCAUAAAAGUGAAACUGUGCUAAAUAUGUAGAGAGGUUGACACGUUUGAUACCUAAGACAAUUCACAUCUUACCUGGCGUCAGAGAAGUCAUCCCAGGAAGGAACCUCUUGAAUGUGAUAAAUAUGGCAAAGCCUUUAAUCACAUCUCAGCCCUUAGCAUCAGAAAGCUCACACUGUAAAUAAACAUUAUUAAUAUUAUAUGUGAGGAAAACUUUCAUGUGUAGCACUCAUUGCUUUGGACAGAAAAUGAAUUCCGUCAGUAUGUUCCAAUCAUGUACUGAAUUUCAGAAACACUGCAGAGGAAGCUCAAUCUUAACUCCAGAGGAUCCACAGAAGAAGAAAAAAAAAAUGGGGAAAUGCUAAAGAAAUAGCAAAAUGUACAACUUCUGACAAAAAUUGUUAAUGUUGGGUACUUCUAUAUAUUUUGUAUGACCAUAAUGUCAGUGUCUGUGUUUUGUACCUCCAGCCCCUGUUGUUAUUCUGUAUAUUCCCUGUAAACAGAUAAUGUAUUUUUAUUUUAAUCUAUUUGACAGAACACAUCGCUCCAAAAGAGCAAAGUUUUGGAGUAGUGAAGAAGUUGAUGUGGUCAUAGACAAAAAGUCAGUUCACAGAACUGAGGAAGGGGAAAACGAGAAGAAAAACUUCAUAGUUUGGUGCUUAUCAAGUCAAGAGCUUAGGAGAUGAGUGGAAUUGCUAGGAGAGACAGGCGACUAGGGCAGUAAAAUGGAACAGUUCUAGAAACAUCGGCAGCUUCCUGAGAGUGUUCUCUUCAAAGCCAGGAAGUUGACCGCUUAGCUGCCAGAUCACCAUUUCAAGCAAGUAGAAUGGGUUCUCUGAGCUUGUCGGGGGAGAAAGAAGGUCUGACCCCGUCAAUCAAGAAGAGGGCAUGUCCUGGGAGGGCCAGUGGGGCCACUUACCUUGACCCAAUGGUGUGAAGCGUAGUCCUGUUUCCUCCACUAACUCUUAAAUUUCUGUGUUUAGAAAACUUGGGAUAGGAAAACACCAGGAUGGGCUCUUCCCUGGAAAACAGACACACAGGCAUCCAGUCCCUGGGAUUGCAGGAAGGCUUGAGAAGCAUUUUGCAAUAUUCCUGUCGCAGCUGUCUCCUGUGUACCCUCCUUGCUCCCACUCACUUCCCCUGGCCUGUGAUUAUUAGGAGAGGGGCUUGUGACGAUUCACAGCUAGGAAAGAACUUUUUUUCUAAUUUUUAUCCUAGAGUUGAUCACCUUUUAUUGCAGGGUCUCGACGUCCUCAUCUAAAGCUAGCUAACCAGGUUCAUCCUACCAUCCUCACGGAAGAGUCAUCGUGUGAAUUGGAGUAACAGUAUUAAAACAUAGUCACACAGUGACAGCAGCACUUACCAGCGGAGCCAUGUGUUUGUGGGUCCCACUCUGCGCAGCUUCUCAAAUACUGAUGAGGGGGCUAUGGUUCCCCAGCUGGGAAACCACGUGAAGGUCUGCAGAUUGCAAAGUGAAACGUAGAAUCAGAGAAAAGGAAAUUAAGUGGUAUAAAUAGAUCUUUUCCUAGAAGUUAGAGUAGAUUUUUAUUUCAACUACUACUGGAGAAUAUAAUAAAAAGUAUUAUUUGAAAAGUUUCCCUAACAUUUAGGUUUCAUUUUUAGAAUGGACACACUACUGUGCAUUGAAAAGUAGUUACUUAUUUUGCUAUUCAAAUUAAUUUUUUAUUAUAUCUAAAAAUGAAACUAUCUGUUUUACUUUUCAGAGCUUUGUAAAACAAACUUGAAGUUAUAGGGAGGUAAGCCAUCUCCAAUUCUGCAGGUCAAACAAAAGUUUGGGAACUGUUUUGGACAUCUCAUAAUACAGAAUGUCUUAACAUGAGAACUUAGUUUCAUAUUGUCUGGUUCUGUUUAACAGUGGAUACCACAAACCUCAUGUUUUUCUCUUAUCCUAAAACAGUGGAAGGUAAAGAGUGGGCAUUAGGUUGACUUCUGAACAAUGGUCUGCUGUUAUUUUAACAGGUUUUUUGUUUUGUUUUUCUUUUAAUCGUUGAGAUUCUCACCUCCAUUUACUAAAGAAUCAUGACUCACUUCAAAUUACAUAGUAAUCAGCAAAGUUAAUUGGUCUUAAAAUUAAAUUUUCUCCCUUCAGCAAGCACUCAUUAAGCAGCCAGGCUGAGUGCAUUAAGAUACAAAGAGUAAGUUCUGUGAAGGAUUGAAAGGUGAUGCUGAAACUGGGAUUUCAUUCGCGUUUCAGAUGCGGGUUUCAAGUUCCUUUGGUCCAGGGAAGGGACCGGGCAGCUGCCCGAGUCGCUAUUGUUUAGUCUCCCGACAAGGUCAGGUUUGCUAGGAAGGAGAGUGCGGGGGGAGGGUUGUAGGGGCCAGACUCCCAGCUGCAGAAGAGUGGUGAGGGAGCCCUGUGGAGGGAGAGAAGAGAGACUGCUGGGCGUGUGCUGGGGGCCAGUGCUCGCCUGCCUUCCCCAUCCCCCUACCCCCACUUCAGCCACUUGACAGAGUAAGGUUUUAGUCUGCCGACCGAGGAUAAAGCAUAUUAGAUUUAGAGGUACUUCUGCUGGUUGCAGGGGUUCUUAUGUGAGAGGGCUGGGCGGGGGGAAGCAGGUUGUGACGACACAGGAAAAUCUUUUUCUAAAAAUCUAUGAGUUUAGGGGCAAGGGGUGGGAUAUGCAAGCAAAAUCAGCAAUUAUUUUAACAUGAACAUAAAUAUUUUUAUUAACUUUUAGUUAAAUAGAGGUUAUUACACCCAGGUCAACAUGAUAACCCUAAAUCUAUAUAGAGAGCUAACUCAGGCAUUGUCUUGUUUAUUAUUGUCUGUAGACUGGGUAAAACAAACCUUUCCUGUUUUGUCAGUUCCUAGUUUCUUAGUUUAGAAUAAAUUAGAUGAAAAGAAACUGACUUGUCUUUGUAUAUCCGCAGAAUUAAGUUAUUGCUGUUAAAUCUGGUCUUUUCAGUUCCCUGGUCUUUGAAGCGUCCAGAUGCUUGGUAGAUGUUCAGUGAAUGAUUUUUAAAUUGAAUUUGUUCAUUUAAAAUCCUCAUUAACAUUUCUAAAGUGGCUUCUUUCAGUAAAUAAUGGAAUUUUAGAGGAAAAGUGAGGUUUUUUUUUAAAGCUAGGAAACUCCUCCACUGAAAAUAGUCAUUUGAUUGAGCACUAAAGUUUCAGUCAUGAGAAAUGGCAGCAAAAUAAAUUGGUAAUGCAUUUAUAGUCAAUGGUCCAUUUUAGGAGGCCGAUGGUGUCUGACAAAUUUUAGAGUAGUGAGGUGGGGGAAGGAAAUUGUGGGGAUUUGUAAUGAAUAUUCUCUUUAUGUUGUUUCUCUUCAGGAUCAUGGUAAAACAAUAAAUUAUCAUCUCUAGGUGGCA